UUUAGUUCCUUACGUUGCUGAUUUUGGGAACUAGUUCUCAAGUCUCUAAAGGACUGAGGUCAGCUAAGAAGCCUGUCCGUGUGUCAGACUGGCCUCCUGUCUCUAUUUGACAUGAUCUGAGGGUUGGCAGAAUUUAGGUUGAAGGAGGGGGCAGGUUUCUAGUGCUGGCUCCGUGCGAUAAGUUACAUAUCUAUGCGUUGACAGAUUGGCUGCGUUAGACGUUAGCUAACUGUGGCCUCUCAGGAUAAGCUUCACUUCUUACCAUGGCAACCGCUCACAUGGAGGACUUUCGCGUUGCUUUGGUGAGCGUGGCUCUGUGGGGUUCUGGAACUGUUGGAGGCAGGCUUGGCAAGCCCCCUUCUGGAACAGUGGCUGUGAGCAACUGAGAGGUGUUGGCCUCAGGGUUCACACCAAGGAGCGGCCGCGCCUCCCACGCUCAAGGGCAGUGUGCACAUGGGAGCUUAGAAGAUCCCAAAAGUGUAACCCAUCAUAAAUUAAUCCACGCUGCCUCAGAGAGGGUGCUGAGUGAUGCCAGGACCAUCCUGGAGGAGAACAUCCAGGACCAAGAUGUCCUAUUAUUGAUAAAAAAGCGUGCUCCAGCACCACUUCCCAAGAUGGCUGAUGUCACAGCAGAAGAAAAGGAAACCGUGAAGCGUGUUGCUUGCUGCCUGCCCAGAAGCCCAUGCUUUGGAAAGCUCCCUGAGCAGAGGAAGACGUGUCCUAAAAAACAAGACCAGAAAGCUCCAGAUAAAGAUGCCAUCUUCCGGGCCACUGCCAACCUGCCCUCCCACAACAUGGACCGAGCGGUGGUCCAGACCAACAUGAGAGAUUUCCAGACAGAACUCCGGAAGAUACUGGUGUCCCUCAUCGACGUGGCGCAGAAGCUGUUAGCGCUGAACCCGGAUGCGGUGGAAUUGUUUAAGAAGGCGAAUGCGAUGCUGGACGAGGAUGAGGAUGAGCGUGUGGAUGAGGCCGCCCUGCGGCAGCUCACGGAGAUGGGCUUUCCUGAGACCAGAGCCACCAAGGCCCUUCAACUGAACCAGUGCGUGGGAGUCACCCCUGCCCUUGCCGGAGACACAUGGGGCCUGAUCUUGUGGGGCUCCCCCUGCGGCAUGUCAGUGCCUCAGGCCAUGGAGUGGCUCAUCGAACAUGCAGAAGACCCGAGCAUAGACAUGCCUCUUCCAGGCCAAGCUCCCUCAGGGGCUGAGGGGGCCGCAGCAGCCGAAGCAGCCACCUCCGAGGCCACCGCAGGCGCCAGCAGCACCGACGAGGAGGCCAGAGAUGAGCUCACAGAAAUCUUCAAGAAGAUCCGGAGGAAAAGGGAGUUUCGGGCUGACGCUCGGGCUGUCAUUUCCCUGAUGGAAAUGGGGUUCGACGAGAAGGAGGUGAUAGACGCCCUCAGAGUGAACAACAACCAGCAGAACGCUGCGUGCGAGUGGCUGCUGGGGGACCGGAAGCCGUCCCCGGAGGAGCUGGACAAGGGCAUCGACCCCGACAGUCCUCUCUUUCAGGCCAUCCUGGAUAACCCAGUGGUGCAGCUGGGCCUGACCAACCCAAAAACUUUGCUAGCAUUUGAAGACAUGCUGGAGAACCCGCUGAACAGCACCCAGUGGAUGAACGAUCCAGAAACGGGUCCUGUCAUGCUGCAGAUCUCUAGAAUCUUCCAGACACUAAAUCGCACGUAGGUGGCGCUGCUCCACUCGGCUGUCCAGCCACAGCAGCCCCCAGCGCAGCCCAGGGCAGAGCGGACAUCGCCUGGAAACUCACUUCAGCUCCUCGGUCCUGGACUGUUGGUGGCGCCGCGGCUGCUCCUGCACUGUGAUCUGAUUGCUUAUAAACUCUGGUGACGGUAGUGUGUAAGGCCGUAUUUUUAGCAUCUGACAGGUGUUUACAAAAAAGUGCUUGUGGCACUAGGAAGUGAAGUGACUGCUUCUUCCCGUGCUCCUCUGGGCUCUUGAGUUGCUGCUUGAACUGCCCCUAGACGUUUGCUUGGAGAGCCCACGUGUUAUUUGUUAUUUGACGGAGGCAGGUUUCAACCCAGAGUGUUAAUGUCAGGCAUGCUAAUUUAACUAGUCACUCACAGAUGACUUUUCUUUAAUAAAUAAAGUCCCUUUUCCUA